UCAGCACUCAAUUGCAACUUCCAGAUACUUUGACAAAAGCUCCCAUCUACAUCCAGCAAAGGGUUUUCACACUGACGUAUCUGAUUUAAAUGGACGAUUUAAAUCCCACGUCCAUAGCUCUUUUCUUUUGAACAGAUGCGGGCGGCUUCCGUCCAACUCUUUCCACUGUUCAAUUCAAGAAGUCCGCUUAUUAUAAAAAAACACAAACUUGCGGUUUUAAAUUGUAUUCCUAUGCGGUAGAGUAUUUGAAAGAAACACAAUCUGGAAAGGCGCGUUUAGUUUGUGUCUCUUGCACCUUAACUCGAUCGGAGCAAACUGUGGUGGCGGCCGGACUUUGAGAAUGAGCGGGUGGUAUUGACCAGAAAUUGACAAGCUCUGGGUUGUUCGCGGGGAAAGCGAGGACAGCGUAGCUUUCAGACAAAGCGAGGAGGAGGAGGAGGAUAAAAAUGACCCCGGAUGUUUCUACCUUGUAAGUCAAAAAUUUUCAGGAGUAAACUUUUUUUUUGGUGACGUGUGAUGAUCGCUGCACAAUACUGUACGCAAAGUCUCACAUCUUCAACUCACACGUGAUAGAGGGAGAGCCGAGACUGCGAGGCGAAUGAGGCAGAAAUCCGGAGAUCAAGCCGGCUACGAUCGCGAUUUCCAGCGUUCAGUGAGGUGAGCAGAUGCGUGGGAUGGAGUUCACGCCUGGGGAACGUUGCAGAGUCGUGGUUGGCGGAGCUCAACCUUGAGAACCAACAGAGCAGGCAGAGCGAACGCAAGCUGGUUCCUGUACACUUCCGCCCGUCGAAUGGAGCAAGGGAACAUAAAAAACAUGGAUGAGAAGGAAACGGCAGACAAGGUUCUGUCCUACUCUUCUGGAACGAGUUCCAGAGAUGGGUCCACAACAGACCUGCUGAAGGCGGUUUCCGACUCAAUGGGACUUUAUAUGGACGACUUGCUUCCUCAGUCUGAGCUGACUACAGCGUUGGAAAGGAAAGUUGAGAGCGACUCGGAGAAAAGCAGUAUUUCCCCGAAACAUCUAGAGGGCAUCGCCUUAUCUUCUGUGUCCAGUCUCAGCGAGGCGACAGAACCGUCCACGUGGACCAACUGCGAUUUAGGUUUGAGUGAAAGCAGUUCUGAAGGGAUAGGAGCGGGGAAACAGCCCAUGCCCCCGGCUCCCGUGGGUUCCUGGUCGCUGAUUAACACAGAUAGGAAUCUUCCCAGUGAUCCCAAACAGCUCAAAGUUUGUCCCGGGGAGAACUUAAGUUCGAUAGAGCAAAGUAACAUCCCCGCCACUCUGCAGUCCAUGAAAUCCGAAAUCUGCCUGGAGAGAGAUGACGCCUGCCACUCAAGCCCCCGAGGGCAAAUGUCACCACUGAAUAUUUUGCGUUUUCCCUUCCUGCCGCUCAACCCCAUCUAUCUGGCCGCACGCACCCACCAACUUCUUACCACGGACGAUUGCGACCACGCUCCUUACAUCCCGGACAUUUCCAGCUCGUACGGUUAUGCCGAGACUGGCGGCUCUCCCAAUGCGAAGGUUGAAAGGACCAUGCAACCCGAAUCGCAGCCACCAAUGAACAUGAGCCAGGAAGCCGGCAACACAUUUGGUUACAUGCCUUCCAGUUAUUCCCCUUAUAGCGACUAUUCCAUUUCCCCUCAACAACAAAGACCCAUCAUGAGAGGCGAACCUCUUGAAGAUGCCGUCAUGUUUAAGACUGAGCCCCUAGAUUCCUACGGCCUCUCGCACCAUGAAGCGGGACUCAAUUGCAGCUUCUUGGUUCAAGAUGACACCAUGCCGUCUACUUCUUCAGCUCCCGUGACCUGGUACCAGCCCAUUACAUAUCUGGGUUAUCAAGGUGGAACUAAACCAAUGGCAGAGAGUUAUUCGCAAGGCUACUCUCAGUAUACUGGCUUGAUAAGGCCAGAGAAUGGAAGAGGCCACUUUGCCCCGGGACUGAGUCUGCAGAAACUCUGUCUGAUCUGCGGUGAUGAAGCCUCAGGUUGCCACUAUGGAGUCCUUACAUGUGGAAGUUGUAAGGUUUUCUUCAAGAGGGCUGUUGAAGGGCAACAUAAAUAUCUAUGUGCAGGAAGAAAUGACUGCAUCAUUGACAAAAUUCGCAGGAAGAACUGUCCAGCCUGUCGCCUCAGGAAGUGCUAUCAAGCUGGAAUGGUGUUGGGAGCCCGAAAGCUAAGGAAAUUCAGUAAAUUAAAGAACAUCGGCAACAACCCAUCUUCACUGCAGUCCGAAAUGACACUUUCAAGUGUCAGUCCAGUCGCAAUGCCAAAGAUCACAUUACAUUCCGCUGGAGGAGUCCAGUUCACGCCGACACUCGUUUCCAUUUUACAGAUAAUUGAACCCGAAGUUGUUUAUGCAGGCUAUGAUAACAGUCAGCCGGACUCGUCUAACUAUCUGCUAACCAGCCUGAAUAGGCUUUGCGAAAGGCAGCUUGUAGCUGUUGUUAAAUGGGCCAAAUCUGUACCAGGAUUUCGGAAUUUGCACAUAGAUGAUCAAAUGACCCUCAUUCAGUACUCGUGGAUGGGCCUGAUGGUAUUCGCAAUGGGAUGGAGAUCAUAUAAACACGUCAAAGGAAAGAUGCUGUACUUUGCUCCGGAUCUGAUUUUUAAUGAGCAACGAAUGCAAAAGUCGGCGAUGUAUGAUCUGUGUAUAGCAAUGCGCCAAAUCUCACAAGAAUUUAUUCAUCUUCAAGUAUCUCAAGAGGAAUUUUUAUGCAUGAAAACCUUAAUACUGCUUAAUACAAUUCCCUUGGAAGGACUCAAGAGCCAGACCUACUUUGAAGAGAUGCGAAGAGACUACAUUAGGGAGUUGAGCAGAGCCAUUAACUUGCAGGAUAAAAGUGUGCAGAGCAGCUCUCAACGUCUUUACCAGCUCACAAAGCUCAUGGACUCGAUGCAUGAACUUGUCAAGAAGCUGCAUCAGUUCUGCUUGAAUACAUUUGUUCAGUCCCAGGCGCUGAGUGUGGAGUUUCCAGAGAUGAUGUCAGAGAUUAUAACCACCCAGUUACCCAAGAUCCUGGCUGGGCUGGUGAAGCCACUGCUCUUCCACAAGAAAUGAGGAACUUUCUCUCUUUGCCAUGUCUGACUGCCUCGAUCACGGGCAGGAUUUAUUUUGCAUUAUGCAAGCUUCAUCUAUUUUUGUGACCAUGACAGUACUGCAAAUGAAAAUUGUUUGCAAAAUUGAUGACAAAAGGUUUAGCAAUGCUGUUUGGCAUCAGUGAUGGUGGAAGCUCAUUGUCAUAGCUGCACUAUAUGUUUUAUAAGCAAUGAAAUGUGAAUUUAGUCCCGUUGUUUAAUGUGUAAUUUUCAGAUCAAAAAGAUUUUGUAUCUUUUGGUACUUUCUGGUAUUUUGUAACAUUCGAGUUAUGUAAAGUUUCUGCAUCUGCUUUAAUAUUAAAUGGAAAUGCUAUAAUCUUCAGAUUGAAAAGCUGCAUAACCCCCAAAAUUUCUUCAUCUUAUUUCAUGUGCCAUAAAUAGUGCCGGUCCUUUCAAGUGGCUUUUCAAGUGGUCUUCCUUUAUUAUUUCCAAUCAGAAAUCCUUGGCUAUGCUUUCUUCUUUUCAUCUUCUGCCUCGCCCAUGAACUGUAUUGGGUGCUGCUUUGGUGCUGAAGAAAGUAAACAUUGCACAGAUAAAUGUAUCACCAGUUUGUUUGUUGAAAGAUAUUCAGUGUGCAUGCAGUUUGGGACCUUUUUGGUUGCUCAGGGUUCCUUGGAUUUUAAACGCUACUUUGCCUGUAAGAAACUUUCAGUAGUCUCAUCUUGUUUCCGUUCAACUAAUAAUUGAUAACAUGGCAAUUCACAAUGUUGAUAAGAAAAAACAAGUAAACGGAAGUUUCACCAUGCCUCCAGCCAAAGUCAAAAUUGUGCAUAAUUGGAACUGGUGAAUUAAUUGAUAUUACCUGCCAGGUUUGUAAAUCUCAGUUGCAGAUCUAUUAAUGGAGCCUCUAUAACUUAAUGUGGUGGCACUGUGUUCUCCUUCCUCAGAGAAUAACCAUGGGAAUCUCUCAUUUCGGCUGAGAGGUGAAAAAUCAGCAUUUGCAUUCAAACAAAUCAAGAACCUGGAUGAUGUGCUUAUAAUGCUGUUGAAGUCCUCGCCUGCUCACAUACUUAACCCAAGCAUUGUAUCCUGUAAGUCAGGAGAUCAGUAUACUUACAAGAUUAGAUUUCCAUUGUGGUUUCAGGAUCAGGGAAGCAAGUUUACCGCAUGUCAUGUAACAAGCCCUUUUAGACUCUGCUUGAUAUGAUAUUUAAACUUCUAUUGUGAUUGCACAGAUCAGGAAUCGAAGGACUAAAUAAUUGUGAGCGUGCAUUCACAUUUCGAAAUAGGACAAUUAUAUAAAUUAAGCGGUGAUUAUGUUCAUCAAGGACUCGACUAUUCCGAGUAUUAUUUGCUCAUUUGGGAUGUAAUUCAAUUUUUCCAUAUUCCAGCAAUAAGCCAAAUUGCAUCUUCAGGAAGCAGGGUGCCACUAUAUCGAGUGACUAUAAGCACCAAAUGCAGUGUCCACUAUCUACUGGGACCUGCUCAAUUAAGAGUUUAAUUUCAUUUUGAUGUAGAUGUGACAUCUGGGGAUCAAUGUUCUUUUAAACAGAUAGUAGUACCUGCUUUAGACAUGCCAUUGAUUUAAUUUAAUGUAGAUUGCUCAGUGAAGAAAACAAUAGUCAAUCAGUCAAUAUAUUAAAAAAAUUAAAUCUUCUCUCCCGCUUGAUUCUUUCGCAAGAUCCAAAUUGAGAAUAAAAAAGCAAUCUGUUAUUGCUUUGAUCUUUGAAGCUAGUUAUCAGCUACCACAUAAACAAGAGCCAUUGAAGAAGAAAAGGCACAGUUUCAGAUGUCUGUUAAGUCGUACAGUUUUCUUCAACUUUGCCCCUGAUUUCUCCAGACGUCCGCUAUCUGUAUCAAGCACUUAUGAGAAUCACCUGUUGUAUUUCCAACAGAUUAAAAAAUACACUGCUGCUUGUCAGUGGGCUCCAAGACAAACAUGGAUAAUAUUUAGCUGUGUACAAUGUAAACUUCAUUUGAGAAUAACUAUUCCCCUUCUUUCUGAGGUUAUUUGCUCCCGAAAGUAACAAAGUACAUAUCUCCAGUCUGCUUUGUUCACCUCAGUGUCCAAGUGAGAUACUCAUAACUUAAUAACUAGCCUGGAGAUCAUGUUGUCAGGCAUACUUCCUUACAACUCAUAAUAAGAUCCCAGGUUAUAAGAUCACCUUUAAUAAGGCUGUGGUUCUAUUUUAUAUUAAAGUUGCCAGGAAAUAUCAGCAAGCUCCUUUUGAAACCACAAAAAUAUUUCCUUCUGGCUAAAAUACUUUUAAGUUCCACUCUUUAAUCAAAAAGUGCAGUUUAAAGAAUAAAAAUGUAGCCAUGUUCUUCUUAUCUACAGAACACUGAUUCUGUGCCAUAAUCCUGAAGAAUAGGAACCACUGUUCCCCAUAAGGAUCUCUGCUGAAUUUCUUCAUUUUAGUUGGCGAGAUAGCAGGAAUUCUAUGGUGGCUUUACCUCACAUACCCAGUGAAAAGAGAUCAGGCAGACUUAUUAGCUCUGGAUUGUAUUUGCUACAGUGGGUGAAUACAAGAUUAGAUUUUAACGAAUUAUUGACUACUCAUUCUCAUCUCUCCCAAUUCUGUAACACUCCAGCAGUGGCUUUCAUAACUCAGGAAUAACCACAUGUACCAGAGGGAAUCCUGUAUCUGAAGAACUAUACUCUAGCAUGAAGACAAUGCCAGUAAGGAAUAAAGAAUGAUGAUAAUCAAAGGAAAUUGGGAAUGUAAAAUAAAUGAUAAAUAUAUUUCAGCUUAUUAUUAACACCUAUAAUCUGCACUCUGAAGAUCUGCAUGAUAUGGUAACAUUUCUACAGCUUCAAAAAAUUGCACAUCAGAAGAUAUAUGAAUCUCUGCAUUUAAAAUAUUAAUGCUCUUUGUUUCCUGAGGAAAGGGGUGGGAUUUCAGGUUACAAUCUCUCUGUGAGAAACACUGAUGUUGUUCACAAUCUUUAAGCCCUAUUCCCUUGAUGCUGGUACUUUUACUCAGUGAUGUUCAAAAACAGAAAACUCUUACAGAACUGAGCCAAACUUCAUCAUCAUGAAUAUCUUUCUUUUAUUUGGGAUAUUGUUAUUUUACAUGUUUUCAUAGAUGCGGAUGUGAACAUUUAAAAUUUCUUGAUACAGUCAUACUUGACUAAGACAUUUUUAUAUUUUCAAUCAGCAAACAAAACUGCUUAAAAUGUAUUCAUACCAAAAUUUGUUGUUUCAAAUAAGUUUCUAUAUAACCAUAUCAUUUUAUCACCUGUAUCCCCCGUUAAAUUAGGCCUGAUCUCAUGAUAUAUUGGGAGCAGAUACUGCUUUUGUCUUUCACUGUGGCUUAUUGAAUCAGAGUUUCCAUGUUGAAAUAACUCAAUCUGAUUUAGCAUUUGGCUUCUCAUCAAUAUAUUAAUGCAUCCUAGAUAAAAACAUAACCGUAACAUCAAAAGUCAGAGAUAUGCAAAUUGACAGAGCUUUCCACUUUCACUCAAGCAAAAAUACCCGUGAUAUAUGGCAUUAACAAACACAAAGGGAGACUAUUCUCCCUUUGAGAUAGUUAGAAAUGUUAUUCAGCUAAAGUUAUCCACAUGCCACAUAUUAGUGUCCACUUAGGUUUCCAGCUUUAGUCUUAUCCAGUUCUUUGAAAUUAUGUUUCAAAUGUUCAGAGUUUGGGAUGUUCACACUUUCAUCCAAUAAGUCUUAACAUUGUUCUGAUUUUACUCCACUUUCUGAUAUUUUAAUUUAUUGAUGCACUACCAAAAUCUCUAUAACAUGUAAAAACUAUGUUACAUAGUACAAUAACUAUGAAAUAAGCAUUUAAGAGUUGUAAUUCCUGCUGUAGCAUGCCACAAGGGACUGGUUUUCAAACGAGUUCCAGUUAAUAAGAAUUAAAUGGAAUAUCUCACUGUCAAAUUUCAUGUUGAGAUUCUUCCUGCAGCUAAUGAUGAGGAAUGAUAUGAGGUGUAUCCUGGUCAACAGACUUAAGAAAUGUUCUAAAAGAAUGGAAAUACCUUAAGUUUUCCUAAUUGAUUAACCUUUAUAACCAAUGGUUUUGUGGAGAAUAACUUAACACGUAAAGUUGAACAACCGCAAUUUAAUAUUAAGUAUUUAAGGCCUAAAAAUUAUCAUUUGAAUCUUAGCAUAUCAAAUUAUUGUGUAGCUCGUGAUUAAUUUACAACAAUGCCUCUACUAAACAAGCAUAUUGAUGGAUUUGAGAUAAAUGUUAAGUACAUAUAUCACAUAGCAAAUUUUAAUUCCGUCAUAUUUCCCUAAAAGUUGAUAUCUUUACAAAUCAUUAAUUCAAUUCAAAUAGUGCAAUAACAUUUAUGUAUGAGAUUUGUUUCCCAAUAGAGAUGUAUGUCAGUAGUAGAUUAGUAUCCCCUGUGAAUUAGUACUCAACCUAUUGUGUUUAAUGAGCACCUUUAAAGAUAAACCUGUGAACCUAGCGUAUUUUACAGGAUGCAAAGCGGUGAAGGAACUCAUCGGAACAGACAGCAUCUGGGGAGGGAAUGGACAGGUGAUGUUUCGGGUCGAGACCUUUCUUCAGACUGAUUUUUCAGGUCGGGACCCUUCUUCAGAUGUCCCAACCCGAAACGUUGCCUGUCCAUUACCUCCUUAGAUGUCGCCUGACCUGCUGAGUUCCCCCAGCACUUUGCGUUUUGCUCAAGGUUCCAGCAUCUGCUGUGUCUCCUGUUUAAAUUUGACUGUGCAGCAAAUGAAUAAUGAAUGAAUUUGACUUUUCAUUUGUUUAUUUAGUGAACUAUUUAAAACAUUGUAAAUGAAAGAUUGGAUGUCAAAUUAAAAAAAUAUUUAUCUUUGAACUAAAGCAAUUGAAAUGUGGAAGAUCACACCAUGGCAAUCUUUUCUGUGUCUGCUGUUAUUCCUGUACCAUGUUUUGUUAGCUGUUCCUGGGCAGGCUUGACCGAAUGGCAAUGGAAGCUUUGAAUUUUAAAACAAAAUAAAUAAAUUGAAUGAUGGAAAUUAUGGGAUUCAUGCAGCUUUGCGUUUAUAUGCUAUUAUAAAUACAAUUAAUGUGGCAGGAAAUGUAAGAAAUGUAAGAAUCUGUAGACUGUUGUUCUUCCCUCAAUUGCGAGGCCAAAAGGAAAUAAUAUCAUCCACUGAUUACUACUGACUUCUCUGCCCUGCAAUCAUUUUCCAUGACUAUUAGCAAAAACAUUGGAUGCAUCUGACAAAUCCCAUUUACACUUGCACUCUCCAAAUUACCAAGUCUGGUAUUGCAUGCAUCUGACCAAAAUUACCACUCCUGUGAACCUCUCAAUAACAAGGUUAAUGGAACAAUAAUGAUAACACUGGGUAUGAGCUCCCACCUUGUUACAUGAAGACAAAUAGUUCAGCAGCGUCUUAAUGCUUCUAACAGUGGAAAAUGAUUGGAAAAUAUCAUUAGGGAUGUAUAACAAAUGAACUAAGAAACUGUUGAUGAUAUUACAGAGUUUACCUAAAAAAAACAUUUAAAACAAGCAUUUCUGAAUCGUGGCAACUGUGCUUUCAUGAACUAAACAUUGACAAUAUCUUCACUAAUGACUAUCCAGUCUUCAUGCAAACGCAUAUUGUUAUCUGUUACUGGAAACCUUUUUCAUUUAUUAAAUCUUUUUCAUUAUGAUUUGUUUAAAUGUAAUCCCUUGUUUCAUUUAGAGACCAGCUUUUAAGGAAGUUUACAAUGACUGAAAGCAGAUAGUAAACAAAUUUGAAUUGAAACAACAAUCUCACCAGUUCUUGAUUCAAAUUCUUACAGGCAAUCUGGAAGAAAAAUUCCUAUUUUUCAUUCAAUGGUUUCAUCAAUUUAUCCCAAAUAAUCUCGAUCAUUUCAUAAGAAGAAAUGAAUUUAACUGCACCCAAACAAUCAUAAGCCUCCAAAAUCAAUACUGACAAAUGGAGCAAAGUAAAAAUAUGUAUAAAAACACAAGACCACGGAAAUAUUGAUGUAUAUUCCAUGUAAAAAAAGAACAUUAAAGUAAACACAAAACUAUAUCAACUUAACCUACCAUGGGAUUACACGGUUAACCUACCUAGACAUUUGAGUGCAUUAGCCAAUAUUAAUUGAACUUUAGUUUGAAUUGUCACUUAUUAUUCUUGGCAAAUUGAAAAUAACAUUUAAUUUGGUUAUUUAUUAUGCAGAAAAGUACUUCCAACUAAUUGAAAUAUUAGAAGCUAAUUUGCAGAAAACUGUUUUCACAUCACAUUCUUUUGCAUUCUAGAAGUAGCAAAAAUUCAGCGCUUUUUGAAACAUUUUUCUCCUCCCACCACGAAAGUAAUCUUCACCUAGGUGGCAGAGUAUUUUUUAUUCAGCAGAAAACAAACUCCAAUUUGAAAUGGAUCUUAGUUUUCUGAAUUUUUCAGUUAAAUAUAUAUGUGAAAAAUGAAAAAUGAUUUUUUUCAAGAUCAAUUCAAGAGCAUAAACUUCACAAUGGUUGUUUAUUUUAUAACAAGAGUUUUCCAUCCUGACUGUGCCAAAACAUUUUACAAGUGGAUGGAGGUAACUUAAAGUCUAAUCAUUCCUUUUUGUAUUUAAAUAUUUUAAAUGCCUCUAAGUGCAGACCACUUUAUCUGGUCCAAAGCUGCUAUAGAUAAUCAAUAUUUACAACUUAGCAAAUCUCACUAUCUUGGUUACACAAAAUUAUAUGGGGUCAGUAAUAUGAACUCUUAAGACAACAGUAUUCAUAAACCAAUUUUUGCAUGCUUUGGUGAUAACUGGGAAUACAUAAUAGGCUACCACUGCACACAGAGUAUUGUUAAGGAAGUAUAAACAUAUUGGGGAAUUAAGAGGAAAAAUAAUCAAGCAAAGUAAUUCCUAGAGUAAGGUGGUUGUUAAACCUCAUGUCAGUGGUUUAAUCAAGAAUCAAUUAAAAGUAGUCCUGAAUUCUACUUUGCACCAUUUGUGUGUUUUGUGAAAAUUCACCCAAUCUGCAAAAAAAUUUAUAUUCACAAUAUGGGAGAGAAAAUUAGUUUUGAUUGCCAGCACUGAGCAUGCAUGGGAAUGUAACUGCCAGUUGUAUUCACCUCCUUCCCGUUCAGCUCCGCAAAACUGAGUAUGUGUCGGUAAGAGAGUCAUAUAAAUGAUAUGAAUCAAAAUAAUGAAAUUCUUACUUGCUGCAACUUUACUGGCACAGGCAACAACAACAACAAAUGCACAAUACAUGACUAGUUAUUCUAAGUAAACUAGACCAUGACAGUGCAAAAUUGAAGUACGUAAACCAACCAUAGUUGUGCAAAGUCCAUAGAGGUUCAGUGCUGAAGUAGGGUUGUGAUUAGGGUUGUUCAAGGUGGUUCAGGUAAAUGCAACUGGUUAUGUUGUCCACCUGUUUAGUGUUGGUGACAAGGCAAGGUCCUCUCUCCUUUCUCCCUUUGGUAGGCAAUGGUAAUCAGUAUUGAACAAGCUUAGAUUUCAUGCAUUUAAAAUUGUUACAAAUUGGAUAAAUUUAACAUAAAUGCAAAAUGUUGCUUCGUUUAGUGAAGUGCAUUUUAUUUAACAUUUUAAAUGAAUCCCCCACCCCUUUAAAUUUAACCAUCUAAAGAGAAGUAACAAAGAUAAUUAAUCUACUAAAUUACUUUCUGUAAACCUUUCAGGAUAAAGAGCUGCCUCAAAGCAACGUCUCAUUCCGGUGGCGAAAAGAUAGGUUGAAACUGCAAUCUGAACAUAUUCCAGACGUCCUAAUUAAAACUCGGCAUAAAAUCUGUUUAAUGCCACCUUAUUCUGUGAUAUACUGGGUGCUACAAAGAAAAUAUUGCAUUUCCCAGCAUUGUUUACCUCAAUAUUGGUGAACACACCAUUAGUGAUUUGACAAAUGGCAUUUCAACCACUGAAGAGGAAUAACGGAUUGCAGUGUCAAUGUAAUCAAGUGCACACGUUUACUAAGCAUGGUUAAUAUGGAUGAUAAAUAAUAUUGAAUUGUUGCCAAAUCUACUUUUGCAUUUUCCACCCAGGCACACAUUUGACUUCAUUAGUGCUAUUUUAUCGCGUGCUGUAACUCAAAUUCAUGUUGUUGUGGCUCACUUAGAAAUUCGGAAAAUGGUCAUUGCUUUUUCAUGAGACAUAUGUUGCAAGUAGUGGUCACCUCCUAACCAAUCAACAAUUUGCAGCAAUCUGCAUGCAGCAAUAUUCUAUUUAAUGGAAGCUUUUAUCUUCAUCAACAGUAUCUUGUGCUUCUGAGCUGAUACUUUCUGGCAACUUUGAAUUGUUUUAAUUGUUGAUUUUUGUACAUUCCUGUCAGUUUGUAGCUGUUUUGUAUGGAGCAACAGUACGGCUGCUCGCUAAUGUAAAAUUGACAGGUCUUAAAGAUUAAAGUCUUUGUUUAGUGCUUGCCUGCCUCUAAAAUGAAAACAGGUCAAGACAUAAUAGUGUAUUUUGUGAGUGUGUUU